UUGAGAUGCACCUGUAUUAUAUGUGAUAAGAUUUAUUGCAAUAUAUGGUGACGUUUCAGGAACAGUCAUUAUUUCUAUUGUACUUUUUCAACAUGUUUUCUUUGUCAUUAAUAUAAAGAAUGUCAUUUAUGUAACCAUUAACAUCAGAAAUGGUAUUUGGGGUUUGUCUGACAGUAAAAAAAAAAAAAAAAAGGAUUUUUUUUUUUUAUUCUUGUGACAUUAAAUAUUAUUGUUAGACAGUAUAUUGCAUAAUUUUCAUAAGGCUUGAAAAUUGUAUUGUGCAUAGUCUUGGCCACUUCAAAAAGUGUAUCAUAAUUCCGUUGUUUAUAUAUAUAUUUAUUUUCUUUUUGUCACAUAAUUCUAAGUUUAACCCUGAAACUUACAUUAACAUGAAACUGCACACAAAGGACAUAUUUUGUUCCUAAAGUAAAACAUAUCACAUCCUCUCACAUCAUGUUUGCUAUGCCUGAGGAAGGGAUUAAAACUUUCCUUGUACUGUCAUGUUCUCUCUACAUGUAUCAUCCUUGGUAGUGUCUUAUUUUCAAAAAAGAAAUAGAGGAGCAGAAUUGGUGUUAAGAGUGGAUGAAAGCAAAUGUGCAUUCACUGUAUAUUGUUGAGUGAAUUUAAUAACGGGAAAUGCCUUAUGAAAAAAUAAACAAUGGUGGUUGAUGUUAAAAGCUUAAAUUAAAAUUAAAAUUAUGUGGACAGACUAAAAUGCAGAUAUCAAUCAACAUGUAGUGAUUUACCAUAUAAUCUCCAGUGAUUCGAAAAAGUAUUUGGACACUUAAGUUAUACUUAAAAAUGUCUGAAUAUCAUUGCAUUAAAUAACAAAAUAUCAAACCAAGUGUAACCUGCUAACAGAUGAUACGUUUUGCAUGAAAGGUGUGCUUCUGCUAUCUUCAAAUAAAUACCACUUGGUUUAAUAUUUUGUUAUUAGAUGCAGUGACAUUCAGACAUUUAUAAGAUUGGCUUAAGUGUAUAUCCAAAUAUUUGUUAUGGCCACUGUGUAUAUUUUAUAAUGUCACUGAUUUAAUACACUACCCCUGCUGAAAAAAGCAGCUUAAACCAGCCUGGUCUUGGUCUUAGCUGGUUUCUGUUGGCUGGUUUUAGAGGGGUUUUGGGCACUUUUCAGCUGGUCGAGAUGAGAGACCAUCUAUACCAGCCUGGCCAAGCUGGGAGACAGCUUAAACCAAUUUAGACUGGUUCAAGAUGUUUUAAGCAUAGAUGUAAAAUGCUAAAUUCUCUUUCUCAGACACACUUCAUCCAACACUGUGGUGCUUUUGUUUUCAGCAUAUACUCAAAUCCAGACCCAUCAGUUGCUCCAGCAACACAAGCAGCAGUUUUUGAUACAGCAGCAGCCCCAGAUAAUGCCAAGGGGUCAAGCCAAGCUCUUAGAGGCCGCCACCAUUCAGCCCAGUCUCCAGUCCCACACAGUGAACGCUGUAGCCAUCCACCCAGCCCUGGCACCUCAGCCUCAGCACUGCCCUAUCCCUGUGCUGCCCAAAGUGCCUGUUACUUGUCAACAAGCCACCAUAUUCCAUUCCACCACUGUGAGUCAUCAGGCAAUCACACAGAAUGGACAGUCACCCAUUUUGAGCCACAACAAAACAGCACCUCAAGAACUUACAGCAGUUAACCUCCAGAUCCAACCAGCUCCUACGCAAAUGGGAGUAGUCAAACAGGAUGGGUCUGAUAAGGACAGCGCCGUUCCUCUUGAAGUCCGAGAGCUCUGCUCUGUACAGAGCCAACAGCAGCUGCUAUCCAUACCGACACAAGUGCCAACCCGGACAGAACCAUGCCAAUUGGUCAAACAAUCUGAUCAAAGCCAAGUGACAGAAAACACUGAAGGUAUUGCUUACUUUAUUUCUAUAUUAUUUCAUCUCUAUAACUCAAUGGUUUAGAUUGUUGGUUCAAAAAGGGCAAGGGUUGCAUUGUCUAAGAUGUUUUAAUUCAGUCAUCCCUACAAGAGUGCUUCAUGUUUCGGUUUACACAUCUUUAAAUUAGGCCAAUUUGGAUUCCUCUGUCUCUCAGCAUUUGUUUAACUUAGCAGUCAAAUGCAUGCAAUCUUUGUGUAAUCAGUAACUUGGCUGAAUGUAUUUAUUGCACCAGAUCCACAAUAAAAAGCUUCAACAGUUGGUUGAAAAUGUAACUUUUGAAACAUUUCAAAUACAGUAUGAUUGAACAAUAAAUAAAUGGGGUGAAUUUUGAUAGACUAGUUAGCUGUGAGGCCCUUCUCUUAAAAAAAAGGCAUAAUCACAUUCAGCUUUAUAGGCCAGUGGUUCUCAACUGGUGGGUUGUGACCCAAAAAUUGAUGGCAGGUCUGUUCAGUUAGGGCCGCAGACAACAAGGAAAAACUAUGCUAAAUGCAAUUAC